AUUAAUUGCUGUCUUUCGAAUGUCGGUCUGCAGGUUACAUUUGAUGAACUUGAUGGACGAUCGGGCGCGCUUGUUCGACGUGACUGGUGGGAUUCUGACCAUUUUCCCUUGGAUUCGUCACAUUGCGCCCGAGGCCACUGGUUACAAGCCUCUAGUCACGCUGCACGACGAGCUUAAGGACUUCUUUAUGGAAUCCAUCAUCGAUCACAAGAAAAACUACAUUCCUGGAAGGGUGACGGACAUAAUCGAUAAGUUCAUCUCAGAGAUCAUGAACAACCAAGGCGCCGACACAGUUUACACAGAAGAACAGUUAUUGGUGAUUCUGGUGGAUUUGUUCAUCGCCGGAUUUAUGACCAUCGGGACGACGCUCGAGUUCCUGUUCCUUACUAUGAUAAUACAUCAGGACGUGCAGCGGAAGCUACAAAAAGAAAUCGANUAUUAG